ACAGACCCUGUUUUACAAGGUGCUGCUCUCGCCUCCACCCACAGCCCAACGUAUAGAAUACCGUGCGCUGAGGAAUACGCAACUUGGAGCUGAACUUCACAGGACAUUUACCAAAGGCUCCUAUUUUAGACUGGAUAACAUUCAGUGAUCAUUUCCCCCUCUAUGGCAUUUUCCAGCGAGGACAGCCAGGAGGACGCACAGGAGUGUCCGGUGUGCUAUGAGGGUCUGUCGGGUACCGAGAGGACCCUGAGCUGCGGACAUGUGUUCUGCCACGACUGCCUGGUCAAAACGCUGGUCAGCAUCAACAGGAAUGGGAACAUCAGAGACACGAUCAUUUGCCCCGUGUGUCGACAUCUGACGUUCAUCAGGAAGCAGAAGGAAGCGUUGGUGUCCCCCGCGAAGUACAAAACUCCGGAUGAGGCGCAGACCCUUGAAGUGCCUCUGCCUCGUCCGCCGGGGAAGCUCCCAGGCGCACGGCGGACCCCCAGGGCCCCUUUGCCGCGGGGGGUGGACUGGAUCGCCCGCUGCUUCAGGGGGAUCUCGGAGCGAGCCCGUCGUCAGAGGCUGAUCAGCCCCGGCUACAAAGCGUGUCAGAUCUUCAUCAUCAGCGCCGAGGGACGACCCAUGGCUGAGGAUGAUGCGCUCAGCGUUGUGAUGACUGCUGUUCAGCCGCAGCGGCGCAGGCGACGACGCAGGUUUUGCACUACCGCACGAUGCCUGGUCGUUCUGCUCUCGUUGUUCACUCUCCUCGCACUGGUGGCUGCAACUUUACCCUGGAUCUUAUUGGCAUAGCGCAGCGUUUAAUGACUGGAUUACGAAGUGCCAAUAAGUAGUAGGAACUGAUAUUUAAAAAGACUCUUAGUGGAAUCCACGAAUUUAACAUUAUCCAUCAGCUAUAUGCAAUGAAGUGUGUGACAUGAGUUUAUUUGUCUUACUGGUGAAAAUAAUCAGAAAAUGUACAAUUCAGGGGAUCUUUAUGGUUUUAAGAUAUCACCAGGCGUUGUAAUCUUCCCUCUUUCCACUUAAGGAAAGUUAAGGGAGUUUAUUGGCGUGCCACCUGUUUUAUGUGAAUCACCAGGCAGCAGUCUAAAGUAAAGGGAAGGUUAGGGAAGCCUUGACAACUACGCAUUUGUUUUGCAUUCCUGUCUGUGACAAGUUAUGCCUGUUUCAUAAGGAGCCAACAUGCAGGGAUGUGUAACAACUUCAGAGAACAACACAGGACAUUCCUGAGGUCUGACUUUAACAACCAAAAAAUGGAAUAAGUCGAUUUAACGUUAUUGAUGAUUUCAAGCAGCAGGCCCUGACUUUGUGGGAAGAAAAAAAAUUGCAAUAUACCACCACACAACACUUUCAACAGCUUUGUGUGUUUGCACAUUUCGCCAAAAGAAAAGCGAUGAGUCAUGAGCUGGAUCUGACAAGGGAGCAAAGUGCGGUGAAGACCAUGUUAAAACAUUCAGGUUAUCCUCUCUCCCUCUUACAUCACAACAGACAGGUUGUCCGAAAUUUAAUGAAACAUCAUCUCAUCAUUUCCAUUAAAUGCGGUAAUCUUAAACAUGCAAAUGAAAUGGAAAGGUGUCUAAUGACUGGAUGGAGUUAGUGGUUGUAUCAGGACCUUCAUCUCUUACAGCAUGCGAGAGGCUUCCCAUGUGUUGGUUCAAAGACGCUGUAAACAGAGUUGCCUUUAAAACUCUCAAGUUAGAAAUAAUUGAUGUCCCUAGUCUCAAGGAGGCUGGUAAAGAUGAGCUGAGCCUGGUUGAUUGCUGUAAGGAGACACGCUGCUGUACCGUAGCAUUAUAUUACCCCUAAAAACAUUUGUGUAGACAGUAGAGAGUUUAAUUUAGGCACAAAUGACGAGAUGAUUUUUGAAAGAAAUCAAUCUGUCCGUUGGUAUUAAUCUAAGAGUUCAUCAGUGGAUCACUGAGCCUGUAUGGGGCGGAGGAUCCAAACAAACGAGGGAUUCAUUGUCAGUUUGGGUGUCACCACCACCCUGUCAAACCUGGACACUCCUAGUUUCCUCCUCCCCCAGUCAUCCUGCCGGGCCAGUCCCACAGGUUACCCAUGGGCCUAUGCUGUUUCGGCCCUGCCAGGUUUCUGCUUAAUCAAUUUGUUGAGUCAGCCUUUUUCAUCACAGCCCUGGUCAUGACUUUCAGGACCCAGAUUUACCCCCCAAAGCCAGAGGAGGCGAUGGCUGGAAAGAGAAUAAAGGCAGGAAUUACAUAAAUAUGAAAUAUGCAAUAUGAUUCUGCGAUUAAACCUAUUCCUAAACUUAUGGCAGUGUCUAAAGACGUACUCUGCAGUAAAAGUACCAGUAACAGUGUCUUUCAUGUACAAAUGUGAAUAUAUGUUGAUGGGUUUGGGAAAGCCCGAAAUGCUGUUAAAGUUGAUUUGUUUAUUUAUUUUGUGUGGCUCUCCCAAAUUGAGCGCUGCAGCCAACUUUGCUCACAACUCAAAACUGAAGACGAGCGGUCUCUGGUUUCAUUUCCUUUUUUCAUGAACAACUGGAGUUAUACUUCAUGCAUUGAGUGAAAAUGUAACAAUGUCUAAAUCAUAAACUGUGUAUAAAAACGGGAGACAUGACUUCUUCCUAAAUGUGAAGCCAAAGCAUCUCCAUUGCCCCCUGGUGUCUGGCAGCAGUAAAGGUCACUGACCCCAGGUCAUCCAUGUCGGUGGCUGGGACAUGGACCAAAUAAAAAAG